UUAAUCUGUGAAGCAUUUUUUUGUUGGUGUUAGAGUGAACAGUGCAACAUACAUGCAGUUUGAUUGAUUAAUUGAUGUGUGACAGGUAUGACAGAAACCUCAUUGAAGCUCAGAACUGGGGUGUAAAGAAAGGCUCAAUUGUAGGAGUGUUUCAAGGAUACCUGUGGUGCAUCAUCUUUCUGUGUUAUGCCUUGGCCUUUUGGUACGGGUCUAAACUAGUCAUUGACACCAAGGAACUGACUCCAGGGAGCCUAAUUCAGGUUUUCUUUGGAGUGCUGAUGGCAGCUAUGAACCUUGGCCAGGCCUCACCAUGUCUGGAGGCCUUUGCUUCUGGUCGGGCAGCAGCAAAAACUAUUUUUGAAACAAUUGAUCGGGAACCAGAAAUUAAUUGUUUCUCAGAUGAUGGACAUAAAUUAGACAAAGUCAAGGGAGACCUGGAGUUCCACAACAUCACCUUCUUUUAUCCGUCUCGGCCUGACGUUAAGAUUUUAGAUAACCUGAAUAUGCAGAUCAAGGCGGGAGAAACGACUGCUUUUGUUGGUCCGAGUGGAUCUGGAAAAAGCACCACAAUUCAACUCAUUCAAAGAUUUUAUGAUGCAGAGGAAGGAACGGUGUAUUUGGAUGGCCAUGAUAUUCGCACAUUAAAUAUCCAGUGGCUUCGUUCUCUCAUUGGUAUUGUGGAGCAGGAGCCAGUGCUGUUUGCCACAACUAUUGCUGAAAAUAUACGAUAUGGCCGGCCUGGAGUAACCACGGAAGAAAUCAUCCAAGCAGCAAAAGAGGCCAAUGCUUAUAACUUUGUUAUGACUCUCCCACAGAAGUUUGACACACUAGUGGGUGAAGGUGGAGGCCAGAUGAGUGGAGGACAGAAGCAGAGGAUUGCAAUAGCUCGAGCUCUCAUCAGAAACCCUAAGAUCCUGCUCCUGGACAUGGCCACAUCAGCCCUAGAUAAUGAGAGUGAAGCUGUAGUCCAAGAAGCUCUGGAUAAUGUACGUGCAGGAAGGACAACCAUCUCCAUAGCCCACCGUCUCUCCACAAUCAGAAAUGCAGAUGUGAUUGUCGGAUUUGAACAUGGACGUGCUGUGGAGAGAGGAACGCACAGCGAGUUACUAGAAAAGCAAGGUGUCUACUUCACGCUUGUGACCCUGCAGAACCAAGGUUCAUCCAACACACCAAAUGAAGUCAUCACUGAGCCAAAUGAGGAUGAAUUUGAUCUAAAAGUGGAGAGUUUUAGACAUGGAAGUUGUAGAUCUACCAAAAGGUAAAACAGAUUGUACACUUCAAUGAGAUUAGCACUAGAUUAUCAACAAAUAAUUGAUCUUCUCAAUCUCAAGCAGCAGGAGCUCUGUGCGUCUGCGAUCUCAAAGCCAACUGUCAAAUGACUUUGUCCCAGAUGCAUUGUCUGGAAGCUUCAUGAUCCCUUCAGAUCUCCAGAUAACACCUAAAAAUGUGACUGAGGAAGGCCCUGAAGAGCAUGAAGAGCCAGCUCCAGUUGCACGCAUCCUGAAGUACAACCGACCAGAGUGGCCGUACAUGCUGUUGGGAUCACUGGGAGCUGCAGUCAAUGGCUCUGUCAACCCCAUCUAUGCAGUCCUGUUCAGCCAGA